UCAUGGUCCCGCCCAUUUUGUCGUUGGCGGAAGUAGCAGUGGUCUCCUUAUAUACUGUCUAUGGUCUCCUCCAGGGUCUCCUCCAUCCAGAAUCUGAGCAGGACAAAAUGGCAUUAAGAGCUGCAUUAAGGAACACGUGCGGCUUGUCAGGUCUUCUUUCCCAGCGGUCCUCCUGCAGCACUCAUGGCAGAGUUUGUGUGUCUCCCGUCCUCGUCGCUCCGCAGAGGAACAACUCCACCUCGCCCAAGAUCGAUGUGGAAUUUGACCAAAGCACAGGUGUGGCUGUGAUGCGCAUGCAGAGUCCGCCGGUCAACAGCCUCAGUUUAGAUUUCCUCACAGAGUUCUGCAUCGGCGUGGAGAAGCUGGAGAUGGAUAAGGGCUGCCGAGGCCUCAUCAUCACCUCGAACCAGCCCAAGGUGUUCUCAGCCGGGCUGGACAUCAUGGAGAUGUACGGGAAGAGUCCGGAGCGCUGUGGAGAGUUCUGGAGAGCCGUUCAGGAGAUGUGGCUGAAGCUCUACAGCUCCAACAUGGUCACUAUAGCUGCAAUCAAUGGUUCCAGUCCUGCAGGUGGCUGUCUUAUGUCUAUGACGUGUGACUACAGGAUAAUGGCCGACAACCCUCGGUACAGCAUCGGCCUCAAUGAGACGCAGCUGGGCAUCGUAGCACCUUUUUGGUUCAAGGACACCAUGGUGAACACCGUUGGCCACCGAACCACAGAAAUGGCUCUGGAGCUGGGGCUGCUCUACAACCCGUCGGAGGCCCUGAAGAUAGGACUGGUGGACCAGCUGGUACCUGAAGACCAGGUCCUCACCACAGCCGCACAGGCCAUGACCAAGUGGUUGGCUAUUCCAGACCACGCCAGACAGAUCACCAAGUCCAUGAUGAGGAAGCCAACCGUCGACAAGCUGACGUCCAACAGAGAGGCCGACAUCCAAAACUUUGUCAGCUUCAUCACCAAAGACUCCAUUCAGAAGUCGCUCCGCAUGUAUUUGGAGAUGCUUAAAAAGAGAAGAGCCUAAAGGAGAGAGGGAACACCUAUAAAGUGGCGCACAUGUACACGCAUUACAGGGAGUUUGUGACAUUUGUUGAAAACACCGUGUCAUGUGUGCAUUAGUGUUAAUAGACACUUGACUACAGCUCCCUGCAACUUACCUUCGUAACAGUGUACAACCAGCAAGCACAGGGGGAGACAUACCCAGGAUUGACGCCAAUGAUUCAGUGACAAAUAAACACAGGACACACACAUUUCACAGUACAUUAGUAAAUGUAAAAAAAAAAAAAAAAUUCUAAACUCUUAUUUCGUAACAUGAUAAAAUUUGAAGUCAAAGAAAAUUAACACACUGUUAGGCAGAUUACGAGAGAGAGAACUCUUUUCUGACUGCUGGGGUUUAGCGAACAGUCGAUUGCUGCCACAGACAGGCCUCCACCAAGUGCCUAGCCUUACUGUCCCUUUAAAAACCAUAACUAAUGAGAGUAAGCUUGGGUGUAUUUGAACAGCCCACAGUGGGCGAAGCCUUUGUGACCUCUAACCGAUUUAUCUACAACACAAGACUGCUUUUUAGCCUGAUAUUUCUCAAUAAAUGGGUGUAUUUACAGUAUGUGGUCAGAUGGUUUAUUGGUAUGAUUUAAAGAAGGAAUUAAAGGUCAGUUUUAUUUGUGGCAGUAUUUAUCUCAAGAGACUUAAAAUUGUAUCCUCUGGUCACAUUGAGAAAUUACACGGGUACUGGGAGAGCGCAGACUACCAAAGCCAUGCCCUGUGUCGCAAUGUUAACAAAAGUGUGUAUUUGGGUUCUUUCUUGGCCCGUGCUACACCCUUCCACCAAGUUUCAAGAAAAUCAGGCUAGUUUAUCAGUAAUCCUGCUGACAGACAGACAAACUGAUCAGAAAACGCAAUAAAGUCUCGGUUUGAAGGCAACAGAGACAUAUGCUGGUGUCAUAAUAUGCAGAUAGCUUCAGUUUUAUGUGCAAAGAUUUUUAAUUCCCGUCACUGAAAACUGUCCCACCUUAUAUUUGUUCAUAUACGUAUACGCCGAUGCAAUAAAAGUAAAUGGACUUUUGUUUGUG